UGGUGUACUAGUGCCGGAACUUGGAAGUAUUAGAAUAGAUAAUAUCCAAAAACAACCCGACAAGUCGACAACCAUUAUCUUCAAAAAUAGCACCAAAAUGUUCAGUGGAGAACACCAGUAUGUUUUGGCCGAGCUGGAUUUGAUCCUCGAACUUCAACGAUGUGUUUUGGCAGUUGAACUGUGUCUAAAUCGGUUCUCCAAAUGAGAGAAUUGCGUCCACAACCACCGACCCUCCGACGGAGGAAUAUCUAUCUUCCGUACGACAUCGUACUCAACAUCCUGACAAGGCUACCGGUGAAGUCUUUGAUGAGAUUCAGGUGUGUUUCUAAGUCUUGGAACUCCUCAAUUAUUAGUUCUGAUUUCAUUUCCACCCACCUAAAUAACAACAGCAAAGAUUCCCAUGGUGAUGGUUAUGUCAUACACAUGCCAUGUGUAAGAGACAGUUAUUCUUCUUCUAUUAACACUAAAAGACCAGUCUGUACUGUCGCUUUGGACCGCACGUUUGAUAAGAUUUCUGAGGUUGGAAUUCCCUUUCAUUUUCCUUUUGGUUCUGCCCAAAUAGUCGGUUCCUGCAAUGGCUUAUUGUGUUUUGCCACUUCGGCUUAUUGUAUAUAUUUGUGGAAUCCCAGUAUUAGAAUAUUCAAGAGGUUGCCCAAUACUUGCAUAGGACAGUUAAGGUUUGCUACACUCGGAUUCGCAUAUCAUUCCGAGAAUAAUGACUACAAGGUUGUGAGGAUUUCACGUUCUCCUUUCUCUGCACCUGUGAGUUCUCAUGAGAUUGAGGUGUAUACAUUAAGUUCGGAUUCAUGGAGAAGUGUUGGAAUGUCGUUGACAACCGAUGUUUUGUUCUAUGAUAAAAACUAUCCUUUGCCAAUUCCAUUGGUUAAUGGAGCUUUGCACUGGAUGUCAUGUAUUGUAGAAGAAGAAGAAGAGAAUCACAGGAGGAGAAUGAUUAUGGCAUUUGAUGUCAAUAGUGAGAAAUUCAAAAGGCUAGCAUUGCCUGUUGGGUCUACCGAUGAGAACAUUUUUCAGACAUUUCUUUCAUCAUUCAAGGGGAAACUGGCUUUUAUUACAUGGGCACGGAGUGAACAACAUGGCACCCAAUACUCCAUAUGGGUGAUGAAGGAGUAUGGAGUGGUUGAGUCUUGGAUUAAACUCUCUGUUGUACCAUUUGAAAGAGUAGCUCAUUGCACUGCCUUUAUGGAGUAUGGUUCACUUCUGGUUUGCUACAUCAAUGAUCGAGUAGAGAGUCAAGAAUUUAAGUUUGUAUUAGUUGACAUUGAAACUCUACAUGAGAAGAAGGAUCUUGAUAUCCAACAUCAUUCAUAUGUAGUUACUUUCAUGGAGAGUCUUGUUUUACUUGAUGGAGCAAACGUGGUAUCUUACUAAGCAAAUGAUAGUGUGCGUAUAAGAAGUGAAGUCAAUAGCAGUAUAGAUGGAUUUAAACCUUUGUUAUUCCUUUUCUCUUAGUAGUAGGCAUAGUAGCCUUGCUAAAAGUAGAUUUUUAUCCCAAGUUUACAUCAUCCUUAUCUUUCUA